GUCCGUGGCCUGAAGAGACUGUAAAGUAUGUGGCCUGAGGAGAUUGUAGGGUCUGUGGCCUGAAGAGACUAUAGGGACCCCAUUCGCUAGGUAUUUCCCGGUAUCGGGCAACCGGGGCGCAUCCGCUCCUUUGAUCGUCGUCGCCCCUAAGUCAACAACAACAGUCAUCCCGUCAGAUGAAAGGUGACGUUGUGUGUGAUGGCCUUCGUGACGGACAGAGCCAGCCCGGCUGUGGUCAUAAAGGGGAGUUAUGACACAGAGUGGGACGAAGGGUUCCACUCGCCGUCGGUGGAGGGCAAGUGUGAGAAGAGGCAGGCAGGAGUGUGUAAUGGCAGCACCACCAGUGACGAACAGCAGGAGCCAAGCUCCCUCGCCGCCUCCAGCAGGCACACGCAGGAGCCAGCCUCCUCCAGCAGGCACACACAGGAGCCAGCCUCCUCCAGCAGGCACACACAAGAGCCAGCCUCCUCCAGCAGGCACACGCAAGAGCCAGCCUCCAGCAGGCACACACAGGAGCCAGCCUCCUCCAGCAGGCACACGCAAGAGCCAGCCUCCUCCAGCAGGCACACGCAGGAGCCAGCCUCCUCCAGCAGGCACACGCAGGAGCCAGCCUCCUCCAGCAGGCACACACAGGAGCCAGACUCCUGCAGCAGGCACACACAGGAGCCAGCCUCCUCCAGCAGGCACACUCAAGAGCCAGCCUCCUCCAGCAGGCACACGCAGGAGCCAGCCUCCUCCAGCAGGCACACGCAAGAGCCAGCCUCCUCCUGCAGGCACACACAGGAGCCAGCCUCCUCCAGCAGGCACACACAGGAGCCAGCCUCCUCCAGCAGGCACACGCAAGAGCCAGCCUCCUCCUGCAGGUACACGCAAGAGCCAGCCUCCUGCAGCAGGCACACACAGGAGCCAGCCUCCUCCAGCAGGCACACACAGGAGCCAGCCUCCUCCAGCAGGCACACGCAAGAGCCAGCCUCCUCCAGCAGGCACACGCAAGAGCCAGCCUCCCUCGCCGCCUCCAGCAGGCACACACAGGAGCCAGCCUCCUCCAGCAGGCACACACAGGAGCCAGCCUCCUCCAGCAGGCACACACAGGAGCCAGCCUCCUCCAGCAGGCACACACAGGAGCCAGCCUCCUCCAGCAGGCACACACAGGAGCCAGACUUUUCCAGCAGGCACACCCAGGAACCAGCCUCCUCCAGUAGGCACACACAGGAGCCAGCCUCCUCCAGCAGGCACAGGCAGGAGCCAGCCUCCCUCGCUGCCUCCUGCAGGCAUGCACAGGAGCCAGCCUCCUCCAGCAGGCACACGCAAGAGCCAGCCUCCUGCAGGCACACGCAGGAGGCUAGCGUAGACAGUUGUGGCCAGAGUGAAGCCAAGAGUGGGGAAGGGUCACAGGAGGGAGAUAGUGUGGAGAGUAAGGCUGCCAGUCUAGCCAAGUAUGUAGUGUCCUCCCUGGUGGGGAAGACGGAGGCAAAAACGAACGAUAAGGUGGAAGAGACACUCCUCAGGUGUGUCGAGAUGAUCAUGCACAGACACCACAUAUUCUUGAAAGGAAUGAUGAAGAAAUUAAACAUUACCAGAGAGACCAGAUACGUUUCCUUUUUUGCAGCUGCCAAUGAACUAUUUGAAGGUGGAAAGACCAUUACUUGGGCCAGGAUAGUGGCGCUCUAUGCCUUUAGUGGACAGUUGGCUUUGUACUGCAAAGAAGAAAAUAUGGAGGACUUCAGCGACACAAUAGUAACAUUCACGGACAAGUACACCAGUGAAGUGGUUGCGCCCUUCGUCAGGAAGGCUGGUGGUUGGAUAAAAAUAUGCGAAGAAUUUCCAGCCGAAGAUCAAGAAAGUGAGGCAUGGAGUUACCUCACGUGGACAGCUAUUGGAUUAGGAUUGGCUGCUACUGCAUUAUUCUUCACCUCUCGUUAGUUACUGCAUUUGCAUGGUACUGUGUUGUGGAACACUGGUGGCCCAGGUGCAGAUAGAGAGGGUUUUAUCAUGCUUGUGGCUUACCAUUUGCACAACCCAUGUGCCAACUGAUAACACCUUUCAUGGUUUAGCACAAGGCACAAUCACUUCUGUAAAUAUUUGUUGGUUUUCUCACUUUGAAUUCAUAAGUUGCGUCGACUGACUAUUAACAAUUUAAGCUGGUACUGUUCUCCUUGAAAACUCUGAUAAUUACUUGGGUCCUGCUCAAACCUGUGGCUAUAAGAAUGGGGUUAUUUUUGUGGACUGAAUGACUACUGUAUGGUGUAUAUUUCAUUUAAUAUAUUACAAAUCUUUCUUAUUACACAGUCUAUUCUAUGAUAAUAAAAAUAUGGUACGUAUAUUUUUCAAUGUUUUUUACAUGUUUUGUCAAUUUUGUGUAUUCUCCAUUCCAGUGGAAGAUUAUUAUACAUCAUAAAAAUUAUUAUUUCUUAGUGUAUAAAUAAUUUCUUUAAAGAAAUGCAUCCAAAAUUUGUGAACUUGUACAUUAACCAAAUUAGUUUGUUUAGGUCUAAAAUUUGAAUGCAGUGCAUUCAUGCAGUAACAACCUGCAAUGUUUGUGUUGUUACAAUAUCACACUGUACCUAUCGCAUAUUGUUGGCCUUCAAGCUAAACAAUAACAAUAUUCUACAAAGACUGCAAGUAAACAAUGAUCAGCUGUGGUUCAACUUUGGCGAUCUUUGACAAUUGACUACAGUACUGCAUUAAAUAAGUUGGCAUCAAAUGCAAGAGUGUUACAACCCCGGUAAAUUGUUUGUCUGGCCAAUACCUAGACCAUAAUUUGAAUCAUAACUGUACAUAAUAUGCUGAGAAAAAUUUAAUAUUUUCAAACUACUGUACAUAUUUUUAUUUAUAUUUAACAUAAAUAUAGUUUAUUAACCACUACACUGCGCAACGCGUCUUGAGGCUCUUGAUGGGUGGAGCACAACACGCCUCAGGGAUCUUAUAUGUAUAGCGUAUCAUUUAAAACUCCUGCGGCUACACGGGGUUCACAUCAGCUUCCUCAGGACUCUCCUAAACAGACAUCAUUAAAAAAAAAAAAAUCAUGGGCAACAUUCCCGGAUGUGAAGGCCUCAGUACUGAGUGAGCAACCAAAGCUGGUGCACGCAACAUGAGCUAACAGCAUUGCUGUUCAGCUUUUGACCACAGAAUUGACCGCCUAAAAUUUUCCAAAUAUAUGUGUAUCUGGUAUUAUUUAGCCAUGAUAAUAUUGCAGAAGAGCCUGACUGUGAUAAAGACUGUGUACAAUGUUCAGAUAUCGGUGAAUAAAUGCCGUUGAAGAGGUUCACAGCGCUAGCCACAGCACACUACCAAUAUUUCAUCCAUCUAAAAUUCUUCAAACAAUUUCUCAUGUUCCUUUACAAAAUAAAAAUGUGGAAAAUUAUUCAUUUACAUGGUUUAGUGACCAGGACUCUAAUAAUAGCAGGAUUGUGGUGAGAAUUAGCAAUGUGAGUUAGCAGUGGGAGGAGUACUGUUGGUGAGGGAGGGAGGGAGAGGUGGCGUCGGCUACUGGCUGGUGUGUGGCAACAUGUUAUUGUCUGGAAUCACCAUAUCAGCUUAUUAUAAUAAUAAUAAUAAUAAUAUUAUAUUUAGGAAAAGUACAUACAUAGAUGCAGAGUUACAAACAUUAUGAUUGAUUUAUAGAUAGAGUUAGUACCUACAAUACCUAAAGCCACUAG